AUGGCCGCCGCCGGUCCCGGGCCCUGCCUGAGCCUCUGGCGGGAGGAGAACGACGGGCUGGCGGAGCGCUGGCUGAGGAGCCCCCGCGGGGCGGCCAAGGCUCCCGCGGCAGAGCUCCAGGCGGCCCCGCAGUGCCAGCGCGCCUUCCGCGAGCUCCUGCAGAAGAUCCAAGGGCUUCCAGCUGUGCUCCCUGCUCUGCCGCUGGAGCUGAGCAUCCUCUGCAAUUCGCUGCUCUUUGAUAUUGGUCUGUGUAGUGACUCCAGCGAGAAGUUACUGGCAAGGAUAGACGAUGGUCUCGGGAGGGUUCUGGAGGCUCAUUCCGUGCCUGAGCAGGGGCUUAGCUCAGAGGAUCGCUGGCAGAAGGUGCUCCAGCAGGGGAUCCCUGAAGAGCUACAGGGCCCUCUGCAUCAACUAGCUGCCCUGCAGGGACUGCUUUGGCUGGCAGCAGGCCGCCUGGAAGUGGUGGAAGGUCUCUUUCAACAACUGCAUAGUGUCAAGAACCCGGGGCCACCUUUGUACAUUGGUUCUAAGAAUAAGCUCCUUUCCCUGCUCCAAGAAUGGCAUCCCCCUGAUGUUGGAGAGUCUGGGCCCCUCUCGGUGCAGAGUGCCAGGCGCUUGAAAGAUGUCCUGUGGACUUCAGCGGCUUUCCUGCAAGGUUUUCAGGAACUGGUUUCAGGCAAUCACCCUGAGGCUCUUGCCUUCCUCCAAGCAGCUGCCACUGGGCUGUGUCGGAAGAGAGUCCUGGCCCAGAUCUUCACUUUAAUGGGAUGCUGCAACCUGAAAAUGGGUAAGCCGCAAGCAGCAGUCCAGUGCCUGAAACGAGCCCUGCAGGUGGACUUCUCGUUCCUCCCUGCCCUGUACCAGGCAGUAUUGUUGUACCGCCACCUGGGACUCACAGAGGCAGAGCUGGAGGCCUUGGCGUUGCUUUAUCAGGGCUUCUCCCCUGCCCAGGCGCUGGACGGCUCGACGCAGACAGCUGCUGAAUCCCUCAAUCCACCCUACCUCAUUGGAGUGGAGCACCUCAUCUGCACGUCAGAACUGCAUGCUUUUUGGGGGCAGAACUCUCCAACAGAAGUGAAGUACCAGCUGGCUCAGAGGUGCCUCCAGGCAGGGAGGGCCAGGGAGGCAGCAGAGCACUACCUGGACCUCUUGGCGCUGUGGCAGGAUGAGCCUCUUCCCCAGGGAUUUCUGUGUGGGGAGCGGGCCUUGCCCAGAGUCCCUGAAGUGUUUCUGGAAGCUGCGUCUGCCCUGGAGGAGAUCGCCAGGCACCGAGAUGCCAUUGCAGCAUGUGAGCAGGUGGUCACGCACACAAGCGAGCUGGUUCCCAAGAAGCUGCACAUCGACCUGGGCUCAAGUGCCCACGAGGACAGCCCGGGGCCUCCUGGCAGCCCUGCCCAGCGGGAGAGGGAGAGCCUGCGUUGCAUCCUCUGGCGAGCCGCUGCCUACUUGCUGCAGGGCUGCGCGUGGGCGAGGCUAGGGGAAGCCAAGGAAGCCAUAAGCCUCUUGACCAGGUGUCUUCAUGAUCUCCUGAAAAUCCACUUCGUGAACACAGGAAGCAGCAGCACUGAGGAGGACGUGGCCCGGUUUGCUCCAGCGGAAGCCGAGGUGCUCCCCCAAGUCAGGCAGCUGGCUCUGAUGGUCCGAGGGGCAGAGUUCCUGGAGCUGGGGAGAGACAAAGAGGCCUUGAUGGAUUUCCAGCACAGUCUGCACUUCCGCCCAGACAGCCCGGCCGCUAACUUGUAUCUCCUGCACACCCUCUGGAGACUGGACAGAAGGCAGGAAGCCUUGGCGCGUUGGCAGAAGUUCCGCACGUCCCCUUUUUUGACAGAAGAAGAGGCCAAAAGACCCUGCCCACAGUACUUGCGUCUGUGUAUUAAGCGGAUGAAGUUCCCCCACGUGGAAUCUCUUGCCAAGAACCUGGAGGCCUGUUUGGAGGAGAGCAAGCAGGCAAGCUAGAGUUGCUGAGUGACCUGAACCAGCUUUUCUUGCUGACGUGGGGGGCUUUGCUUGGAUUCCCUUCAUAGUGGAAAACGGGGGCACUUCUGAGUCCAUGGUGCAUAGCACAGGUAGUAUUUUUCCAAAUAAAAAGGACCCAGGGGAGAUACCCAAGCCCUGCCUGAUUGUGUACAGCUGUAAAAGGAUUAGAGGGAAGAAGCUGGUUUUGUCUGGAGGUUUGUGGAAUAAGGGGCAGACCGAGCGAUUAUUUCCUUAUUCUCUUCCUCCUCCUCGCCGUCUCUGAGGAUUGGCUUGUGGGGCUGAUGUUGUAAUGGCUGCAGAGGAAAACCCACCACUGAGUUGUAAAACUGAAAUGCUCAAUUUUUGUUUUUCUUUGCUGGUUAAGGAUUUGGCAAGAGAGGCUACUAUGCAGCCUCCGUUGCGUCCGCUAGUUCUCGCCCAGCACAACUUUCCAGAGUGAUUCGGUCUUUAACGUCCCUCACACAUGGGACAAAUAAAAAUGUAAAUUCGGUAAUAAGCCGUGAGGCUUUUGGAGGCUAUUUUGCGGAUAAGAUCUUGUCACUCCGCUGGGAUCUGUCCACCACGGUUGAUGCAAUAUGUGUAGUGGAGGCCCCUUGGUCAUCCUCAGGGUUGAUAUUAGAUCAAUUCAGGCCACUCUCCCAGGGGGAGGUAGGCAGGGUACUGCGUGCUAUGAAACCUACCACAUGCCCACUGGACCUGUGCCCAUCAUGGCUGGUGAAAACUGGCGGUGAUGGGAUUCGGGCACCAUUAGCUGACCUCAUUAAUCUUCCUCUGAGUUCUGGGUUUUUCCCAGACUCACUGAAGGAGGCAGUGGUGCAGCCCUUAUUAAAGAAACCAUCACUGGAUCCUGUUGGUCCAGCCAAUUACCGCCCAGUUUCGAAUCUUCCGUUCCUGGGUAAGGUAAUUGAGAGGGCGGGUAGCGGAACAGCUGCAGGUAUACCUGGAUGAUGCCUCUAUCCUGGAUCCAUUCCAGUCCGGCUUCAGGCCCGGCCAUGGUACAGAGACGGCUCUGGUCGCCCUCACAGACGAUCUGCGGCGACACCUGGACCAGGGCGGGUCAGCGCUGCUGAUACUUUUAGAUCUUACAGCAGCGUUUGACACGGUCAAUCAUAAUCUUCUGACCCAGCGCCUUACCGAUGUGGGGAUUCGUGGGACAGCCCUGCAAUGGCUGGACUCCUUCCUUCGCAAUCGGGGACAGAGGGUGGCACUCGGGGAACAGAUGUCUGCUCGCCAUUCUUUGGUGUGCGGCGUCCCUCGGGGCGAUUCUUUCCCCGAUGCUAUUUAACAUCAAUAUGCGCCCCACUCGCCCGGUUAGCCCGCAGCUUUGGGCUGGGUUGUCACCAGUAUGCAGAUGACACUCAGCUCUAUCUGCUGGUGGAUGGCCAGUCUGAUCUCGCUCUGGAUUCCUUGGCAAAGGGUCUUGAGGCUGGGACGGUAUGGCUACAUCAGAGUCGCCUGAAAUUGAAUCCCCUGAAGAUGGAGGUUCUGUGUCUGGGUUAUGGAGCAAUGGGGUUGGGGACCCGGAUCCCAGCCCUCGACAGGGGACAACUGAAGCCUUUGUUGAUGGUGAGGAGCUCGGGUGUAACCUUGGAUGCCACACUUUCAGUGGAGGCCCAGGUCACGUCUGUUGCCAGGUCUGCUUUUUUCAUCUUAGACCAGGCAACUGGUGCCCUAUCUUUCGCCCCAGGACCUGGCCACAGUAAUCCAUGCAACGGUCACCUCCAGGCUAGACGACUACAACUCACUUUAUGCUGGGCUGCCCUUGGGCCUGAACUAGAAGUUACAGCUGGUUCAGAAUGCAGCAGCACGCAUUGGUGUUUAAAGCCCUUCACGGACUGGGACCUGCGUACCUGCGGGACCGCCUCUUCCAUUACGUCCCCUGCAGGGUGUUGCGCUCUGCAGACAAGCAACUCCUGGCCCGAAGGACAUCCGUCUGGCCUCAACCAGGGCCAGGGCUUUUUCUGCCCUGGCCCCGGCCUGGUGGAACGCUUUCCCACUGGAGAUCCGGGCCCUGCAGGACCUGUUACAGUUCUGCAGGGCCUGUAAAACGGAGAUGUUCCGCCGGGCCUUUGGCUGAGUGCCAGUGGGUGUCCUCCUUCUUCCAUCUAAGAUCACCACUUUUUCUGGGGCUGCCCUCAGCCAUCUGCUAUGCCCGUAUACAGACUCCCAAUAUUUGUUUCAAUUGCCUGCUUCUGGACUAUUUUAAUGACUUUUAAAAAAAUUAUUAUUGAUUUUAUGGUUUGACUUUUAAUGUAUUUUUUUAAUGUUGUUAGCCACCCUGAGCCCAUCUGUGGGGAGGGUGGGGUAUAAAUCAAAUCAAAUCAAUAAAAUAAUAAAUAAAAUAAAUAAGCAAUUUUAGCAAGCAGCCAACCAAAUUAUUGCAGAAGUUAAAGCAAGCCCAACUCCCCUUUGUCUCCUGUGCUUAGCCAUACUCACUGGACUCUACCAGCCGCCUUUAGUGUUGGGAAGGAAGAUAGAGGUUUUUCUUUCCAUCUGAUUUUGGGUCACUUCCUCUGUGGGCCCUGGCAGGGGUCCUGACUGAGAAGAUGGUGGUGCAAAGUUUGUUCCUACCUCAAAAGCCUUUUGAAAGAAUUUAUGAGCUUUCCUCUGUUAUCUCACCAUAUUAAAGUAUUAUGAAUUUUAAA